ACCCGCCCCAUCCUGCGCCGGAGUCUCUCCGGGAGACGAAGCGGAAGUCUCGGCGUACCUCCAGAAGGCUGGCGCUGGGCGCGCGGCAUCAUGGCCGCCGACAGUGACGACGGUGUGCCUUCGGUUCCAGCGACCUCUGACGGUGAUGUCAACAAAAACACAAAAUCUGCAGAGGAGUUUGUGGUACAGGUUCCUGUGGUGGAUGUACAGAGUGACAACUUCAAGGAGAUAUGGCCGUCGCUCUUGCUGGCCCUUAAUACGGCGAGCUUUGUGGCUGUGGACACGGAGCUGAGUGGGCUUGGGGACCGGAAGAGUUUGCUGAAUCAGUGCAUCGAGGAACGUUACAAGGCCGUGUGUCAUGCUGCCAGGACCCGUUCUGUUCUGUCCCUGGGCCUCGCCUGCUUCAAGCAGCAGCCAGAUAAGGGUGAAAAUUCUUACUUGACCCAAGUGUUCAAUCUCACCUUACUGUGCAUGGAGGAGUAUGUCAUAGAACCAAAGUCUGUGCAGUUCCUGGUACAGCACGGCUUCAAUUUCAACCGGCAGUAUGCUCAGGGUAUCCCCUACCAUAAGGGCAACGACAAGGGAGACGAAAGCCAGAGCCAGUCAGUACGGACCCUGUUCCUUGAACUGAUUCGGGCCCGUCGGCCCCUGGUGCUACAUAAUGGCCUUAUAGACCUGGUGUUCCUGUACCAGAACUUCUACGCACACUUGCCUGAGAACUUGGGAACCUUCACUGCUGACCUGUGUGAGAUGUUCCCAGCAGGCAUUUAUGACACCAAAUAUGCUGCAGAGUUUCAUGCCCGCUUUGUAGCUUCCUACUUAGAAUAUGCUUUCCGGAAAUGUGAGCGGGAAAAUGGGAAGCGGCGGGCAGCUGGCAGCCCACACCUUGCCCUGGAGUUCUGCAGCUAUCCAACUAGCAUGAGAGGCCACAUUGACUACCGCUGCUGUGCGUCUCCUGUGACCUCCCGCCUUUCUCACACCACCGGCAUCUGCACCAAGUUCUCGGCCUAUGGCUGGUGCCCUCUAGGACCUCAGUGUCCUCAGUCACAUGAUAUUGACCUUAUCAUUGACACUGAUGAGGCUGUGGCAGAGGACAAACGGCGACGGCGGCGACGUAAGGACAGACGGAAAAGGGCUUUGCUGAGCCAGCUAGGGACAGAGACCUUUGAGGAAGCUGAAGAUGGUCCUCCCAUUAAGCAGGUCUGUGAAGAUAGCCUCAAGACAGAAAUUGAGCAAAAAGUGACAGAGGGUGAAUCUAGGGAUCAAGCUGAAGAUGGUCCUCCCAUAAAGACAGAAAUUGAGCAAAAAGUGACAGAGGGUGAAUCUAGGGAUCAAACUGAAGAUGGUCCUCCCACAAAGCAGGUCUGUGAAGAUAGCCUCAAGACAGAAAUUGAACAAAAAGUGACAGAGGGUGAAUCUAGGGAUCAGCUUGGCUCCAAGCAAGAUCACAACAGUGACUUAGAGGUGGAGCAUAAGGCAACAAGUUCUGAAAUAGCUGAUGUGGCUGCCUCAGAACUGCCAGUGAGUCAAGCCAGUCCUCAUCCUGUGCCUGGGGAUGGAUUGCAUCGGGCUGGUUUUGAUGCCUUUAUGACAGGCUAUGUGAUGGCCUAUGUGGGACUGAGGCACGGACCUCAACUCUGCAGUUCUGGACCUUGGCUUCCUGAAUGUCACAAUAAGGUAUAUCUAAGCGGCAAAACUGUACCACUCACAGUGGCUAAGAGCCAGUUUUCUCGUUCUUCCAAAGCCCACAACCAGAAAAUGAAGCUGGCUUGGGGCAGCAGCUGACUCAAACAUCUGCCUGGCGCUAGACCUAGGGAGAGAAGCUAAGAGUAGGAAAGAGAUGUUUGGCUCUGUGUAGUGGCUCAUGUCUGCAUCCCAGUACCCUGAAGGCUGAGGCAGGAAGACUGCUACAGUUCAUGACCUACUCAAAUCAGCCAGAGCUGUAUGGAAAAACCCUGUUUCAAAAAAGAAAAAGUUAUUUGAGUUGUUAGCCUGUGUAUGUUGCGUUUAAGUACUACGGAGUUGUUGUGCAGGUCCUGGCAGAGACAAUGAGCGCCUCACUGUUUUCUUUUGUACAGAGGCCUGACCCUGGGGUACAAAAUAAGACUAACUAGCACCUGGAACAUCAACUUUAUUUUUUAAUCUGAAAGUGUCUUGGGAAAAGUUUUACAAAAAAAAAAAAUCAACAGAAAUGAAUUAUGAAAAUAUUUAACCAA